AUGGCAAUUGGACACCAGUCCUCAUUGGAAGGCAUCUUUGACUCGCCGCACCCGUCCGUUGUUUUUCACGAUGCAGCCAGCCGACGCCAUGCCGAGGAACUGUUUUCCUCGCUUCUAGACCAGCUCGAGGUCGAUGGACUUGGCGAUGGACAUGGAGAUGGAGGUGGACACGGCUUUCGUCCCGUCGUGAUGCUCCGCGUCAUGCAUCAAGUCAGCCUCUCGCAGCUCUCCAAAGACCUCUUUUUAAACUACUUUUUCGCAAGUAUCCGCGUCGACAUGGCAGUCGGCAUGGCCAGUACUAUUGACAUCAAGGACGUUCGAUCUCGGGCCGUCGAGUUUGCUCAAUUUCUCAACGGUAGUUUCUUUGGCCCUCUCAAGGCCGCGGGAAAGAGAACGCCCCAGCCUACGCCUGCUUCGUUCUCGGUUCCCUUCCUAUCGUCAGAACAGAGUCUUCCCGGGUCUGAAUCUCGCGUCGCGACCCUACGACGAGAUUGCCUGAUCCGGGACAGGCAUCGGUGUGUUAUUACGCGACAGUUCGAUGAGAACGAGGCGUUUCGUCGCACCAAGAAGCACGGCUACGAUGCGGCCGACGACGAUGGCGUCCGCUUUGCCGACAUGCCCGAAACAGACGAAUUUGAGCUGUUGGAAGUUGCCCACAUCCUUCCCCACUCACUCAUGAGCAUGGCCAACGACGACGACAGGAGCAUUGCACGACGCAACGCACUAGCCAUUCUUGAAAUGCUGGAUACUGGCGUUCCGCAUCUCUUUGAAGGCGCCAGCAUGGAUCGUCCAACAAAUGCCAUCACCCUUACCUCGGGUUACCACAGCGUCUUUGGCUCCUUUCGGACAUUUUUCGAGGCCAUGGACGGGCCACUGCAUACGUACCGCAUACAGUCUGUUUUGCAAAGCAGGGGACGCAGGCCGUUACAGCCCAUCACCAGAACUCUGUUUUUAUCGGACACGGUCGAUCCGCCCCUCCCGCGUUUGCUAGCCGUGCACGCUGCCAUCUGCCGCAUCUUGCACUUGAGCGGCGCCGGCGCCUACUGGGACCACAUUUUCCGGGAGGCCGAAGACGAGAUGGCCAACGCGGAUGGCUCUACCAGUCUUGGGCCGUUGGUGACGCUGCGCCUCGGCGGCUGGUGGGAUGGCAAGGUCGUGUGA